AUGACGACACACGCUUUAGCGACAACACCAAGCGUGUCCGGCAUGAUGUCGCUGUUAAGGCCCACAUCACCGCUAAAGGUGCAUUUGGAAACUAUUGAGAACCUGUCGAGCUCACUUAAAGAUAGGACCAAAAGCGCAUGCUUGUUGGGAAGUUGUACGGCGCUCAGGAUACUUGAAGACGCGAUACACUCAUCUGUGAAAUUUGACACCCUCGUUAGGAAUUUGAUAAGAACUGCUCUCCAUAUAAGAGAAUAUUCCAAGGUGCUGCAACGAAUUGCUAAGAAUACGGAUAUGGCACAUUUAGCCGGAAUGGACGCAAUUACUCUAACAAAACUGAUUCUAGAUGCACAUACCAGAGCUGCGGAGCAUUCAGACGCAUGCGAAGAUCUUUUCAGACGUGUGAAAUUUGUUGGAAAUCUGCUUGUUGAGCUAAGAGUACGUGAUCUCAACGUUUCGGCAAUAAGAAAACCUUUGGUGGACUUAGAGGAGGCCCUCCGCAGGACAUAUCUCCUUGUAGCUAAAAACCAAGAACACAAUUAUGCCUAUAAAUUUGCCUUGGGGUGGAAAAUUAACAGAAAAUUCAAAAAAGCCCUCAAAGAAUUUGACACGAUUAUUAGUAUCAUAACACUGAUUUUUUUUGUAGACUAUAACCGGGCACGUCAGAUCACCAAUGACAAGGAGAUACCAUUACAAGAAGGUUAUUGUGGGGAUAAAGUUGAUGAUGGAGAAGUUAAUCAGAACGUGUCAGGCGAUGAUUUCAAAAGUCCAGUUGACGAUGGAGAAUUGAAUUGUAACGUGUCAGAAGAAGAAGUACGAGAAAGGCGCUAAAGAGACCAUAUUUCUACUGAUUUUCAUGGGCACUUUGUUGGAGUUUUAGAUACAUACUAUUGAAAGGAUUAUAGAGGCUACAUAUGAAUUGUUAU